UCUAGUGCACCAGUCUGCAUGCGAACCGUCAGCUAGUUGUCUCUUCCGCACUCACAGAUUUUGCCGGAAAUCUUUGAUUCCCCUUUGGGUAGUGAAUGAGGCACAUGUCAAUGCUUGAGCCAAUUGUCACUUGUCAUUGGAACCAUCUUUUCCUGUUCGUGCACGCCGCGUAAAGACCUUCAACAUGUCCUCACACUUGGUUUGGAGCAUCAUCCGCAACAACAACGCCUUCUUGGUGAAGAAGCGCAAUAUUUCCAAGCCUUUCAGUACUGAGCCCAACAACUUAACCAACCUGAACUCGUACAGGUACAAUGGGCUGGUCCACAAGAAGACGUUGGCCAUUGCUGAUGGUCCCGACAGAAAGGGCUUCACGCUGACGUACAAAAAGGCCAAGAAGCAGAAUAAGCCCAGGCAGAAUUUGGUGAAAAGGACGUUCAAGUCGAAGCCCAGGCGCUCGCUGUACAAGCUGAAGAACUUCAUGCAGGCCAACAAGUACAGGACGGACUUGACCAAGGCUGCCCUUAGGAGGGCCAGCGCAGUCCUGCGGUCGCAACGGCCCCAGCCUGCCAAGAAGCAAAAGCCUAAAAAGCCAGAAUAAAUAAUUUUGUACGAGUAAGCACAGCAAAAAUCCCUUAAAUUUUUGAACUGGUCUUGCUGAAAUUAAUAAAUAAUGGUAUGGAA